AUGGAGAUUGUUGGUCCCGUCGUCGACAUAAUCUCUUGUCUAUGGAAUUGUUCUGCUGUCCAUGGAAAGUAUUAUCCCUGUGAAAUAAAACAAAACGUGAAAUCUCUUAAAAAUUUAAUUAUCAAAUUAAGAGAACGAAGGGAUGAUGUGAAGGAGAGGGUUGAUAUUGCAGAAUCAAACCCAACAAAACCAGUGAAACGUACCCAUGAAGUCGGCGGUUGGCUUCCUCGUGUAGAAGCUUUGGAACAACAAGUAGAAAAUAUUUUACGAGAAGUAGAAAGUGCUUAUAAUGGAGGCGGCAGCUAUUUUUGUUGUUGGGGUCGAAAGAAUUGUUGCAGUGGUUACAGACUUGGGAAAUUGGUAGUGGAAAAGAUAAAUGCAGUAGAGAAAUUGUUGGAGGAAGGUAACUUCAAUGCCGUUGUUGAAGAAUCUCAACCCGAUCCUAUUCGAGAGAUAUGCACCAAUAAAACUCUUGGAAUGGACCAAAAGCUUGAGCAUGUAUGGAGUUUAUUGGUUGAUGAGACAAGUCCUGUGAGAGUUAUAGGCUUACAUGGAAUGGGUGGUGUUGGAAAGACUACUCUUAUAAUGAAUCUGAACAAUGAGUUUCUUAAAAGAAACCAUCCUUUUGAUUCAGUCAUUUGGGCUGUGGUGUCGAAAGAUUUCGAUGUAAAAAAUAUUCAAAAUCAGAUCGGCAAGUCACUUGGGUUGUCUUGGUCAGAAGAAACUAUAGAUGAUAGAGCCAAAGAUCUGACCCAAGUGUUGAAGAACAAAAAGUUUGUGUUGUUCUUAGAUGAUAUAUGGAAAAGAGUUGAUUUACAAAUAAUUGGAAUUCAAUCUCAAGAGCUAACCAAAUCUAGAGUUGUAUUCUCAACCAGAUGCGAGUCGGUGUGUGGGUGCAUGAAAGCUGAUGAAAUCAUCAAAGUAAAUUGCUUAGAUUGGAAUGAUUCUUGGCGUCUUUUUCAACAAAAUGUCGGUCAAAGAGCGCUAAGUUUCCAUACUGAUGUAUCCAAUCUUUCUAAGAAAGUUGCCAAAGAAUGUCUUGGUCUUCCGCUAGCACUGAUCGCUAUUGGUCGAACCAUGGCUACAAAAUUAACUCUUCAAGAGUGGAAACAUGCACACAAUGUUUUGAAGAAAUCAGCAUCUGAGUUUUCCGGCAUGGUUGAUGAAGUGCUGGUUAUUUUGAAGUUUAGUUAUGAUAAUUUGCAAAAUGAAAAGUUGAAGUCUUGUUUCUUAUGUUGCUCCUUAUACCCAGAAGACUAUUUGAUAGGUAAGGAUAAACUAAUUAGACUUUGGUUAGGAGAAGGAUUCUUAGAUGAAGUUGAUGAUAUGGAUGAAGCUUAUACCGAAGGUCAUGAUGUAAUUGAUAGUCUUAAAAGUGCGCGUUUGCUAGAAAAUGGUCCCUGUAACUGUUGUAUGGAAGAUUCGGUGAAGAUGCACGAUGUAGUUCAUGAUUUGGCAAUUUGGAUAGCCUCAGAUAUCUGGGAAAGAAAAGGUAAGCAUUUAGCAGUUCAAGCAGGAAGCAAGCUAAAGCUCCGUGAAUGGAAGAAGGCAGAGAAGAUAUCUCUAAUAGGAAAUAUCUCUAUCAAACAACUUAGUGGAGCACCAAAUUGCUUGUAUCUCUCAACUUUGUUGCUUCAAAGCAGUAACGUGCGUACUAUAUCUGAUGACUUUUUCCAAUGCAUGCCCAUGCUUAAAGUUUUAGAUAUGUCCGGUGGGAAAAUCAGGGAGAAGCUACCACCAAGCAUUUUCUCGCUAACGGAAUUAGAGUACCUUGAUCUAUCAUGUGUCGACCGUAGAAAUAUUUCUAGAAUUGAACUAAGUCCACAAACUUUGGGUUGUCUUACAAAAUUAAAGAUGUUGGACUUAUUUAAUUCACAGAUAUACAACUGGGAAGAAUUAGGUGGACCAAGUCUGAGCGACUUGGAAUGCUUAAAAGCAUUGGAUUAUCUCGGAAUCAAUCUAGAGACGGUUGUUGCACUUCAAAAAUUGGUAAGUAUCCACAAAUUGCAAUUGUCCACAAAAUUGCUGCUAGUCAACAGAUGUGAGGGUAUUACAACUCUCGUUUUGUCACCGAUGUCUUUACCAUCAUCACCAAUAUCAUCAAUAGUUAGCCUGGCAAGCAUGGUUAGUUUAAAAUCACUACAUCUCAAAAUGUGUGAUGAGUUAGAAGAGCUGAGAAUCAUGAGUUGCGUAGGUAUGGAAGAUAAUGUUACUUUGCUUAUGACUUUGGAGAAACUUUAUAUUGAUAGCAUAUGGAAUUGUCAAAGAUUGUGUGGGAUGUGCCUCGAAGGUCAGGGAUUCUGCUUUUUGAUCCUUAAAGAUGUAAGUAUUAUGUAUUAUCCUAAAGUGAAGGAUGUAUCAUGGUUGAUUUAUGCUCAAAAUCUUGAGAAGCUUGAACUGUUUUGUCUACAAGAAUUGGAAGAGGUAAUAUCUGAUAGGUUUGCAGGAGAAGACAUGUUAAGUAACGUGUUUUCAAGACUAAAGCAUUUGAAGUUGCAUGGGCUCAGGAACCUAAAGAAGAUAUCAUUUGGUUCCUAUGCUGAAUCAAAAAGAAUCAUUUAUGCUCCUUAUGCUGCAGCCGAACAUGAUGAAGUUAAGGGAGAUUAA